AGUUUCGCGUUGGCGGGCAGCCUAUACAGACCACGAAUAAUCUUCUGGUGGAUGGUUGAGCAAAAAGCCAACAAGAAGAACUACAGCAGAACAAAAAAUCGCGCGCGCGACGUACUUUUGUAUUGGGAAACAACACGUAAUCACCGGGUGCCGAAUACUUUGAGCAAUUCGCAACAAAAAAAAAAUCGCAUGUCGAGAAUCGUUCGUAUUGAGUUGACUCGAGUAGAAACGAUUCGGAGUGCGAUUGCACCACUGGAUAGUUCAAGCACUCCUCAUUCCGCUGGUUUCAGUUUGGUUUCGGUCUGUUUCUUUGACCUCCAAUCCGGUGUGGCAUCGAAGAAAGCCCCAGAGACCAAUUUAGCAGCGGAAACAGUGUAAGACGCAAAGGUGAAAGAUUGAAGUGAGCAGAAAAUUUGCAUCCUGCGCAAAGAACGUUUGAACGUUGUUGUGCAGCUGUUUGGACCGAGAAGAAGAUUCAGAGUUGUCGAAGAAGCGUGUGGUGAGUUCAUCCGACAAGAAUUUCCGUCCGCGAUUCCUCAUCGUGCACACAGCUGUUGGUAAACUAGUUAGAAGAAAGCAACUUUUGAGGCUGCACUCUACAGCCUAACCUACCUUACGAAAGUUCUGCCUAUGAUCCAUCACGGUGAUCCAACCGAUAAUCCAACAAACUGUUAUUUACACUGGAAACAGUAGUUGUGCAGCAAAUGCCCGGCUUCCAAUCUUGAUCUCGUGGACACGUUUAUUUUGUUCUGUUACUCGUGUUUGGUUUAUAAUAACCGGCGCGGUCUUUGGCCUGAGUUGCCUAUUGCCAUCUCCGUUCCUUGAGAAGCGUGCUGAGGAAGGCAGAAGAAAGCAGUGUCAGUGACAGCGCCAAGAUCUCACACGGUGUGCAGCCAGCUGGAACUUCAACCAGCAGAACGUCGAACGUCGUUUCUCGUGGGGUUAACCGAAACUCGGAACAGCCGGUCGAAGUUCGUGGGUUGCGGAUUUUGGGUUAAUUUGCAUGCUAAAGAAGAGCAGAGCCAGUUUUAGCAGGUUCGGAGCUUUUGUGACGGUGAACUUGUGUGAAGUGUUGAAAAAGUGUAUGUGGAUUUGGCGAGAUUGUUGCCCCCUCGAGCAGUGAAUUGUGACGAAUCCGAUUAGCACCGCAAGAGAAUCGCUACAAGCGAAAGCCGUUCAGUCGUAUAAGACUUGUCAAGAUUUCAAUCAACACGUCCUCAGAAUAACGGACCCACGUCUGAUUCUGCGAAGAACCUAUUAAGAGCAGUUCACCCACUUCAGAAAAAAAAUAAGAAAACCAGUUUCAAAAGGCAAUCAUCUUGCCAGAGGAAAUUUCGGUGAACACGCACAGCCACCAGCUCCAUCAACCCGUCCUAGCACCUUCCCGACCAAAAGUGGAAAAAAUAGAUCAACCAACAUGGAAGUGGCUGCAGCAGCAUCUUCGACGCCGACAUCGGCGGGCCUAGCCGGGCAAGUGGCGGCACUGAGGGGCGGUCCCUUUCAAAGGGAGGUACGCGAGUGGCAACAUGUCGAUCCAAAUACGGGAGCCCUGCUGACAGGCCGGCUCGAAGCGGACCGCUGGGUCAACGGACCCUUGAACAGCUAUGGAAAGAUGGUUUCACACAACCUGUCCACGCCGGACGGUAGCACCCAGCACACGCAGAAAAAGCAGAUGGAAAUCCUUCAAGCCCGGACAGCGUCCGGUUCGCUUCAGGUGGUCCGCGCCCAAACCGUACAGACAACUUCGUCACGCUGGUCCUCCUCCACACUGCAUUCCGAGAUCUGCAGCAAUGGUGUCAGCACUAGCACCACCAGCACCAGCAGUAGCAGUUUUAGCAAUGGACACUCCAUUCCAGCCAUCACCGCCAAUAGUACGAGCAGUAGUCACAGAACCAGUGCACUAACGACCAAUGGAUUCUCGAGUCAUCACCUGCAGCAACAGUUCCACCGUCCAGCGGUCAUAAAUUCUAGUAGAUUAUUGAGCUCAACAUCAUCCACCUCCAACACCAACGGCAGCAUCCUACACACCAGUUCUCUGCACCAGAGCCCACAACCGCUCGCAUCAUCAAACGGUACAACGGUCGCAAAAAUGCCAUCUUCACUUGCAUCCACGCUGCUGCUGCAGUCAAAUGGACCUCCACCAACUUCCAUCCGCAGCAAACAAGUGUUUCGCAGCGGUCAAAUGGACGUAGGCGGCCCAACUGGAGGAGGUGACAGUUUCACAAGCCAUACUCGCCAACGGCCACUGGAUUGGUUCGAUAAGUUCAAAGAUAUCAGCGUGAAGGACGAACCGGCCGAUGCAGACAGCUUCCUUACCCGUGGCAAGAGCGUUUCGAUCGAGGAUCUAUCCACCGAACGUGACGAAACCAACUUCGAUGACGACGUCGAACCCACGCAGUGGAAGCGAGUCAGCAAAAUCCGACGCUCACUGCAGUUCCCAAGGAAAACCGCACCAAAAAUCAGCACUCGUCCGGCAGAUCUUCCGGAGAACUCCGUUAGCGUUUCGAAAAUUCGACAAGAGUUGGAAAACGGUCGCCGCCUAAAUACAGCCAUGAGGAACAAUCACAUCGACUUCGUAGCACUGGACAACAUCCUGAACAGUGUAUCGGAAUCGUGUCCUUCGAAAGCGGAAGCUCCUCGUACACCCACAACUCCAAAAGCUAACACCACGUCCUUCCUCACAGCCGAAUCACUGAAAGAAAUUCGCGGAAAACUGCGGAGGUUGAGCAACGAGUCCCUUUACCGGGACGAUAUGAGCCCAGGCGAUGAUCGUAAAGAAGAUGAUGAUUCAGUCACAAUAACCGAAGUUGAGACGAGAAUGGGUCACCUGCAGACAAGCAGUUCAUCGGAUUCGUACAAAAGUAACAGCUUGGAAUCCACGAGAAAAGGAUCGACCGAUAGCAAUUCGGAAGAUUGGCACUCGAGACGGAAGUCCUACGGAUUCGAACGGAUGAGUCAUCCGUCCGAUUUCAUGGCUAAGAUGGACUCAUCGACGGACAGUGGUAUUGGAAGGUCUACCGACCUCAGUUCUAGUUGGUCCAGUGGAGGUACAGAUAACACAGCAGCAUCCAGAGGAACGGUUGUUACUCUGGGUGACCAGAAGGAAAAAUCAAACAAUCCGGCGAUGGUGAUCAAGAUCACGAAUGAAAAUCAAGAAAGUGCGAAAACGAGUUACAAAGAGGAAGAGAUCAAACGGCACUCGAUAGCUGUGGAUGAAACCAGCUACGUACGAGACAGCUUGAAAACCAUGUUCGAGAAAAAGACUUCGGUUAGUGUGAACGGAUUCAGCCAGAUCUUCCUUGAUGACUUGAGCAAAAACAGGAAAAAGGUGGAAUUUUGUAAAACAGAAGUUCAUUUCACCGCUGAUUCCGGCCGGGUUAACAUAGUUGAAACGGAUGAGAAACCUCCACCAACAAAUAACUUUCGACGCAGACGCAGGUCUUCCGGUGGAUCAAUAGGGUCAUCUUACCUUCAGGCUAUAAGCUCUGGAGUUCCAGUGACACAUUUCGGAGAUUUGGAGAAAGGAGUUAACGAAGCAGAUCUGAAGGACAACCCGGUCUAUGCGGCACCGCCAGUAGUCACUACAACGGUCGGCCGUCCCGAGCCAAGUCCCCGCAAGGUAUUCACAACCUCUGACGACAGUGAUGGACAGUCCGCUGAUGAUAUCUCGUUACGAGGUAUUCUGAAGAACAAGCCAGUAAAGCCGAAGCCUUACGUUCUCGGUGAGAAUUUGGAGAGUAGUGAUAGCUUAUGGGGAGUCAAACUGCGACCGGUGUCCACGGAGUUGAACUACUGGAAUGAAGAGACUGAAGAAAAACCUCAGACUACGGAGGAGAAGGAGGUGACAUCCAGCGGAAACUUCUCCACAAAAAUUAACCUCUCGCAACCGGCUCCAAGUUGGACACCUGACGAAUGCCCUGAAUCGAACCCGAAGUCCACGACCAAAAUCCUGAUUGAUAUGACGAAGUCCUCCAAUGCCUCGGAACAAGAGUCCGACCAGCUCAAAUCCACUUCGCUCAUAAUGCGCACGUUACGUUCGGCAAACCAGUUUGACGAAGCUAUGCAAAAAUUGGAAACUGCACGUCGGGAGUCUCUCGACAGCAAUGGCGGAGAUGAACAUCGUUCAGCUUUCCAAUUGAUCUCAAGCACAAUUGCCAAGUCAAACUCAGCCAGUAGUAUCUUCAAGGAUACGCCGAAGCUCAGGGUAGCGAAAUACGCUGCCUCCCUAGAUGGAGACUUAGACGACGAUGAGUCUCGGUAUCAAGUACCGAUGCCCGCGGCCAGACGAAGUUUCACCAACGAAUCUCGGCUGUUAGACUUUGAAGCCUACAUUAGCAAGAAUAGCGUCCGCCGAUCAAGCACGGACGAAUUCUCGUCGGUCAGUAUGGUCUCGAAUGUCACCGCCAAACCGGUGGCAGCUCCAAGGAUGAAGAAACUCGGAUCAAACGUACUGAGCCAUCAGCUGACGCAGCUGAAGAGGCUGUACGACGCAGCCGAGCAAUACGACAGCGAUGAUAGCGCCAAAGCCGACGAAGAGGUCAAACUGUAUUUGGGAAAUCUGGCCGGCGGAAGCGUUAGCGAAGAGAAAGGAGGCAGUGAGCUUUCUGGCAGCUGGAGUCGUAUCAAAGCGAAACGAAACAUUCAAAAGUAUCGCGAUCAGGAUGUGAAGAUCACCGUCAACUCCACCUCAGAAUUCGAAAUCGUCAAACCUUCAUCAAAUGGGAUUUCUACAACCACAAUCACUAGUGAAAAACAAUCCAAAACCAGCAAUAUCAUGUCCAUUGCCCUGAAAAGCCCUACGCCAACAAAGAAACAUACAGCUCCUAGUCCAGUGAAAGCAACGCAACCACAAUCGAUCGAACCCACGCAAUCGCUAUCGCCGCACUUUAAGCGACACAUUUCGAACGCAGCGAGCGAUACAACGAACGGCACAGCACGAAACGAAGAACGGGCCUCACUUCGGCUGUCGUCCGGUGCACGACAGCUCCGUGAGCAUGAACUAUCGUUCUUCGGUGUCAACAGAAAACAAGAACCGGCGAAAUCAUCGAACACGACCGCGUCGAGUUCGACCAAACCCGCAACGAAUACUACGUUUACGCGAUCAACGACCCUCACCUCGUCGUUCAUCAAACGAAACUCGAUCAACAUGAACCCACUGUCAACGUCCACGUCCACGGCUUCGACUUCAUCUAACUCAACUACUAAUCCGGCUAAACCGCACACUACGGCCGCACCAACGACGUGGCAGCUGACGAACGACAAGCCUGACCUUCUACGCCAUAGUCAACGGGUGGACGCUAUUAAGAAAACUACUAGUACUUCUUCAACUGCAACAAGCCUAGGAACCAGUACUUCCACCAUGUCUUCGCUAGAUCCACACUACGAAAACCUGAACCUAGUCAAACCGACAGCUAUGGCAAACUCAACCGUUCCUUCAUACGACCGCAAACAAGAUCUGAAGCGGGACGAACAAAUUCUCGAGGAGCUUACGCGCGCCGCUGAUGAGAUUCUGAAUGUUGUUAACAACAUGUCGAAUGCUGAAAGCACCGAAAGUAUCCUCAACGAGCAAUACCGGGGUUCGGGUGGUUCAGGAGUCACGCUUGGCACCAUACGUGAGUGUUCUACGACUAACAAGAUCAUGCGGUCACGUGGCGUCCAGGUGUCGAAAAACUUCGACGACAGCCUGAAGCGCCAUCAACGGUCCACUCGGGUGUCUUCAGCGUCUUCAAACGAAAGUCUUCAACGACCGUCUCCCACCCGAACUAGCACUGCCAACACAUCCCUUCGUACCGGUCAACAUCCACCGGAAACUCGCAGCACUACGACAGGAAGCGGUCGCCGUAAGCUAACCAGUUCAUCGACCGAAUCACGUCGACUGAUCCGGAUGUGCAGUAAGGAACGGCUCCAUCAAUCGAAUGCCAGCUCGUCUGAAGACCUACCCAACGCUGCAUCCGUGGAACCUCCUCGGCGACCUCGUCGCACGCGAUAUCACUCCAGCCAGACAGGGGAAAAGAGUGAAAAGGAUAGCCCACGGUUGAGCGCUUCAAAGACCUCCACUUCCGAUAGCCGCCGAAGUGAUGAACGGUUAUCCAGCCGGUCUCAUCGCAGCGAACGCUCAUCCACGAGAACAAGCAAAGGCCCCACUUCCGGCACCCUGGCGUCGAAUGGUGUCAUUCCGACGGCGGGCGUCGAACAGCAGCACCGCAUCCGCAGCAAAUCCGGGGCCUCCGUUCUGCAGACUACAUCAUCCAAGAAACAUCAUCGGUGAGACUCAUUAAACCCAUCAGUGAAUUGCCCAUGAGAGGCAAAACUACAGAACAGUAUACAGUGCACAUACGCAAAAACUAACACGGAUCUCGAAAGGAAAAGCAAUGAAUGGAGUAUAAUUAAUCAGCGAAUUCGAAACCCCCCAUAGCCGAAAGGCAUCGAUCAAAACGAUCGAAUCCCGCAGAACGCAGAAACGUCUACUAUAUUAUUAUUAUUAUUAUUUUGCCUUACAAAAGCAUACGAAACAUGUCGCUUGUGUUCCUACUACGGUUUGUUUUUUUUUUUUGUAAUUAUGAUUUUCGCUAAACGGCGUCGAACGAUAUUAGUCACUUUUGCGUUCGACCACGGCUUGAAGCUACACAGAAUCGAUUUGCUUUGGUAUAAUCAUGAAUGGUUUUACUUUCUGCAUUAUCGCGCUACUAAUCUAUAAUAGAAAAAAAUGGCUAAUUUUACAGGACGAAACGUUCGGAAGAAGAUUGAUCAUAGGCUUGUGUAUAACUUAAGGUUUCAAAGAAAGGUGUUUAUUAGUCACAAAACACGAAGACAUGGCACAGUUUUUUUUUCGUUUUUUUACAGUAUACAUAAACAAUUUAACCUUCUCUCACGAUUAAACUCUACAGCAGAAAAGUCAUAUACUAUAUUUAUACAGAUUUAUGGUUCAACAGAAUAAAACAAAAUAAU